UUUACGACGUCUUGGUGCACAUCAUGCAGUUGAUUUACCAACUGUCGUGUUCUGUGGUAACCAGUCCGCGGGAGAGAGUAGCUUGUUGGAGGCCAUUUCCGGUGUACAGGUACAAAAGAAUGUAAUUUUAUUGAAAGUACUACAUUACUGA